AGCCCAUGCUCACCACCAAUUCCAUUCACUCCCAGUCGCUGCCCGUGACGUACGGUCCCUAGCCUCAUCCCUCCGCGCCCAGGCCGCCCCUCCCCCACCGCUCCUUCCCCAUCCACAGCCAAGCCCCGCUCUGCGGUCAGGUACCCCAGGGCAGCCCAACAUCCCUUUGCGACAGCCCAUGGGGGAGACGAGCGCGUGGUCGUAAUAGACGCAUGCGAUGUGGUUGAGCAGCCCAUGGUCACGGCCUUCAUGACGCCACCACCCUCCGCCGACCAAGCCUCAUUGCUUGCGCCCACGCGAACUCGAGAUGGCCGCGCGCAGUCGUCUGCCGCCAUCAGCACCAUGGCGAGCUCGCGGGGAGGCCAGUCGUCAUAUGCGACGGCCAACUCGCACAACCCAGGCCCGGGCAGCUUCAGCUCGCAGCUGCGGCCCACGGUCUCGCAGGACGGAAGGUUACGUCCCGAUCUUGACAUGCACGCAAUCAUAAUCGAGGACGGCGACCCCACGACCACCGAGCAGAGACAGGCCGAGCUGCAGGACCGCAUCGAGAAGGAGACGAAGAUCAAGAUUGGGUCAGAGAACCUGCUGGAGGCGCUGAAUGCGAAGAACGCAAAGAAUACCAAGGACCAGAGGCUCCAGGUCGAGGAGCAGCUUAACAUAUCGAACAGGAAGCUGGCAGAGCUGAAGUCGGCUCUGUCUAUAGAAGUACAAAGAGCAAAGGAGGUCACAUCACCGCCGGCCAAUCCACAGAGCAGGCUUUCAUAUCUGUUUCGACGUAACCUCUCGCGGUCGCCAUCACGUCAUAUCGUCGAGAAAGACGAGGAAGAGGAUGAUGAGACGGAAUCGCCAACCUUCGUGCUGGCCGAGAUACUCCAGGCUCUGGAACUGCAGAGCAUGCAGCCUGAGUACUAUGUGGAGAGAGCAAAUUCCUUGGUUCUGCUGUUCAAGCGACAUCCCACGCUAAAGUACGACUUGGCAUGGUCCAUCUUUGGCCUGAGGAUGCAGAUGAUGCUUCUCAGCGAUAGCCGAGAAGUUGUGGCAGCCGCCUAUCGAGUCAUGCGCUAUGCAUUCACAGACCGCAAAUCUCUGCGAAUCAUCCGAAACCUGCACACAGACUACUUGGUUAUCUUGUCGCUCGUGAAAGAGAGCAAGGCCAGCGUGGAGCGCGAGCAGGCACUGAAAUUUGUUCGAGCCUUUCUAGACGUCAAGGACGGUGUCGAGGAGAUUGAUCGCGCUGUGGUUCGCAUCAUCGUAGCAGUAGCAGAACAUGCUGAAGAUCGACUGAGGAAUAUCGCUACUCUUACUCUUGCAGAGAUUCUGGUUCGAAAGCCUGCUCUUCUCGUUGGUGCAGGUGGAAUGGGAGUUCUUGCCGACGCCUUAGGAGAAGGAAACUACCAAGCCGCGGAGAGCGUUGGUGCUUGUUUCUUGUAUCUUCAUGAUACUCCACGGCGGCGCCGGUUUCUACGUUCGGGACGGGAGCUGGAGGCUCCGUUUGCAAUGUUUACAGAUGCAGGCACGGUCCACGGACAUCUGCACGAAGAGAAGCUGAAAGCCAAUGCCAAGGUCAUCGCGUCUUUACUCAGGAGCUGGCCCGGCCUGCUUUCUCUGUGCAUGAAUGAUUUUCUUCCAAUCCGUUCUCUGCUUUUGUCUUUGCAAAUACCAACGCCUCACGUUCGCAAUGUCAUCUUGGAGCUCCUAUUCGAUCUUCUUAGGAUCAAGCCCCCGUCAUGGUCUUCAUCUUUCCUCGCUGGACGACGAUUAACUACCUAUGGACGUGUCACGAACAUGAAAAAUCAGCCUGUGAAAGACGCACUCAGCUCUAGUGCAGAAAACACCACGAGCAAGUGGAGCCUGAUGGACCAUUACAUUUCUGUUGUCCUUGCUACUUUCUUACACGCUGGUCUGGUACCAGCUUUGUUGCAUGUUGAGGAACAACCCUUGACUCUGCCAUUGAAGCGAAAGACUACCUUGUUGCUUGGAGAAGUGCUGAAAAUGGCAAAUGAGCUUUUGCCACCAUCGUGGAGCGCACAACUCCAGGUGCUUCCACAAUUGCUUCACGCAGCUGCGAGAUUUCAAUCCGAAGACCGGUUCGUAGCAAUUGGGACAAUUUACCAAGUGGACAGCGUCAACCGAACCUUGUAUCGAUCAGGCCCAACUUCGCUCAAUACCAACAAGGGCACAGUCGCUGUUAGUGGCACGUCAUCUGACCGACAAUCUGAUCAGUCCAAGGUCCAAGCAGCAAUGCAGAUCGAUGAAGCUCAAUUCCGCGCCUUGAUGGUCGACACGCAGAUUCUGGGUACAGUAUCAUUCCAAAAAUGGAGGUGGGAUCUGAUUCACUCCAUCGUUGAGGGUCCUCUACUUAAUGCCAAGCGUCUGGAUGAAGCCAUGAAGUCAGCAAAAUUUGUCCACCGUCUGCUUGGAUUCUACCGUCCAUUCAAGUAUCGAUUCUCCGAAAUCAAGAACACGAAGCCAAACCAACGUUAUGUUCGAGUAGGUUGCGCUUUCAUGCAGACUCUCCUACAGAAUCCAGAAGGAGUCAAAUACUUAGGCGAAAGCAAGUUCAUUCGACAACUCGCAGAGUGCUUAUCACAUUUUGACAGGAUGAGUGGCUUGACAUCUGAAUCACCGCUCUUCCAAGCAGACCGUAUGAACGAAACUCUAACUUGUGGUUACUUCACGCUCCUAGGUGCAUUGACGAAAGACCCCAAGGGAAUCCAGAUAUUGGAAAGAUGGAGAGUCAUCAACAUGUUCUACCAUAUGAUUGAGCUAAAUGAUCGCGACGAUCUGAUCCGGGCCCUUCUGAGCAAUAUGGACUACAUGCUGGACGGACAUCUACGCAUCAUCAUCUCCAAGGCCAUGACGUCAUGUUCGAAGGAGAUCCGAAUCUUUGCAACCAGAUUGAUGCGUAAGUAUGCAACGAAGCCAAUGCAGUCUACAGGCUCAACCGGUCCUGCGGAGUGGGCCAUCAGACUACUUGUAACACAACUCUAUGACCCAGAAGUGGAAGUUUGUGAAGUUGCAAUCAAGAUCCUAGAGGAGGCCUGCAACCAGACAGAGUCACUCGAGUUCGUAGUCAAAUGCCGCCCUGCAUUAGAUCAUCUGGGAGAGAUUGGUGCUCCUUUGUUACUUCGGUUCUUAUCCACUUCCGUAGGGUACCACUAUCUGGACGGAUUGGAUUACAUCACGAGAGAAAUGGAUGAUUGGUUUUUGGGAAGAAACGAUACCUAUGUGGCCCUGAUUGAAGCUUCCAUGGCUCGCGCGCUCGCCGACAUUCCCGAUAAACCGUCAAGUCAGUUCUCCUACGAUGACACGCCAGAGCACCCUGAAUACGGUCUCGUACCCCCGCAUUUCUACCGAGAGCUUACGAGGACGAAGGAGGGGUGCAAGCUGCUGAGGCAGAAGGGGCAUUUCGAUGAAUUUGCAGCUACUCUCCGAGACUUUGCAUCGGAGGAUGACGACGCUGAAAUCAUACUCAAAGUGAAAGGCUGCUUAUGGGCUGUGGGUAACGUUGGCUCCAUGGAGUUGGGCGCCCCGUUCCUUGAGAACUCGGACGUAGUGAAGUGGAUUGUUCAGAUCGCCGAAAAGUCAGAGGUUCUGUCACUCAGAGGCACGGCAUUUUACGUAUUAGGACUGAUCUCGAGGAGUCUUCAUGGACAAGAAAUAUUGCUCGAAUAUGGAUGGGACGGAGUUGUCAACGAGGCUGGUGAAGCAUUGGGCUUUUGUCUUCCAUUAGAUUUUAGAAAGCUCUUCGCGAUUACGCCAUGGACUGCCAAAUCGGACAAUAUCAGCUGGAAGCGCAAACAAAACAUCACAGUCGCUAUCACAGAUCGCGAUCCGGUGAAUGCACGCAUCCUCAAGCUUGCAACCGAUCUUGGCAACACAGUGCUAGCAAAGAAGGCAGCGAACGACCUGCAGACGAUCAAAUCAAAGAAAGUGCCUGGGUUUAGCAGACCAUCGAUCUUCCACAAGGUCAUGCAGAUACUUGAAGCACACCACUUCCGCCUUCCGGCCUGUCGAUUCAUUCUGGAUUUGUUUGACAAGCGGGUACUAGAGCAGAUUGUGCUAGAAGAGGAGGAAGAGGCUGAACAAAGCAGCGACUCCGAUUUCGAGUCAGACGGUGAGCAGGUGGUCGUGAACGGGUUAGCAUAGGCGGGCUUCAGUUAUGGGCAUCAAAAACGAAUAGUCGGGGUUUGGCGUUAUGGAGUAGUGUGGCGUAUACCACUGUAACGGAGGCUUCAUUGUACAAUAGCGUCCGGGGUUGACUUAAGCGUUCCAAAGGUUGGAUUCGGGGGCGCGUCUGCAUAUGGAGUUCCAGAGUACCUCUUAGGGAUUAGGGGAAGGAGCUCACCGGCCUUGUGCUUUUUACAUGGGAAUGCUACGCGAGACGCAGAGCUCGUAACACAGUCAGACUAGAAGGAACCCAACUUCGGUGUUGAAUAUGAGAGGUCACGAUGAUUGUCG